AUGGCUAGGAUCGUUGUGGAAACAUUCCAGGAAUUUCUUGAAGGCUGGCAUGUACGCCAAGAACACUACCUCAACGAGCUCCUCGCUGCGAAACAGAACAGCCAUGAAUCCAGAAAGGAAGAUCUCAAUGACCUAAUUACCAGAGUCCUCUCGCACUACCGGCAAUACUAUGAUGAAAAAUCACUUGUUGCUCAACAAAAUAUUUUUCUCGAUUUCUCUACCCCAUGGUUAACUCGUUUCGAGUGCACUUUCGUAUGGGUCGGGGGCUUUAAGCCAGGACUUCUCUUUCGCAUUGUUAAGGACUCUGUCCAUGACUUAUCAGAGGAGCAAAAUGAAAGAGUGAGUAGAUUAAUGCGCCAGACGAAAGUGGAGGAGAGAGCGCUGGAUGAAGAAAUAGCAAGAAUUCAAGAGAGCUUGGCAGCACCACCGCUUCUGGAGUUGGCGAGGCACGUAGGGAGGUUGGUCAAUGAGGAGACAGUGAAGGAGGAGGAGGAGGAGGUGUUAGGGUCACUUAAGAAGGGGAUGCAGGCAGUGGUGGACAGGGCUAAUGUGUUAAGGACAAGCACGUUGAUGAAAGUGGUGGAGUUAUUGAGUCCAGUGCAAAAUGUGAAGUUCUUGACAGCUGUUACUCAGCUUCAGCUCAGGAUUAGAAGUUGGGGAUUGCAAAGGGAUGCCGAGAGAUGUGAAUCGAGUAGUAAUUGGUCGGAGGGUUGA